AUGAUGAACACCUCUGAGUACCAAGACAACUCCUCCGUGCAUGGAUAUGAGGACUGUGGCAUCAAUCACAACAUGGUCGAUGUGGUGGUUCCGAGCCUCUACUUCCUGCUCUUCGUCCCCGGCUCAGGGCAGUCCACUUUCUUAGUGUACCUGAAGAACCUGGUGGCAGCUGACCUGCUCAUGACGCUGACACUGCCCAUCAAAGCUGCCAGCAAGCUGCCCAGUGCAUCUCUGGGGCUUCGGGCGUUCACCUGCCGCUUCGGCAACGUCCUCUUCUACUUCUGCAUGGACAUCAGCAUCGUGCUGAUGGGCCUCAUCAGCCUGGACCGCUUCUUCAAGGUCGUCCAGCCGUGUGGCCGCCUGCUCGGCCAGAACCUGCUUUUCGGCCGGACCGUCUCCAUCGCCACCUGGACAGUCAUGCUGGGGGCGGUCGCCCUGACAAACGUGAUCUUUACCAGCGAGACACCCUCAGGAAGCUCACACAACCUCUGCAUGGACAUGAAGACCCAGGUGGGAAGGGAUUUCCACAAGGCUGUGAUCUUGGUGCUGAACUGGCUGUUUUGGGUCGUGCUGGUUGUGAUCGGGUUCUGCUAUACGUGCAUAGCCCGGACGGUGUUGCGGUCAUACAACAACUCUGGGAGUAUAAAUGUGAUACGCAAACGCAAGACCAAAGCAAAGGUGUUUAUCGUGCUUGUGGUCUUCCUGGUCUGUUUCGCCCCGUACUACAUCGUACGGAUCCCUUACACGCAGAUGCAGGUAAAAAACAAGCACGGUUGCACGAGGGAAUCGCUGAAGGUGGCCAAGGACUUUACCCUCUGGCUCUCGGCCACGAACAUCUGCCUGGACCCACUCAUCUAUUUCUUCCUGUGUAGAAGCUUCCGAGAGAAGCUGUCCAACCUCGGAAUAGUCGGGAGGUUCUUAACCACAUGACUCAGGGAUCAAUGAAAACCUUACCAAUGGCUGAAGAAGCCAGUGUUCUAUUGCUGUGGAGUCAACAAUGUGUAUAUGCUUA